AUGGACUUCUUUCUAACUGCUGCUGUUUGUAUCCUGAUCGUCACACGACACACGGUCAGUUCGACUCAUCCAGAUUGUUCCAUCGUUCUUCACCUGCUGAAGAAGGAAAACGAGUGUAGAGUCAAAAUCCAGAACCUUCCCAGCAGGAAUGAAACUGCAGGUUGUGUGACGGAGUGGGACGGACUGAGUUGUUGGCCGACUGCGUCUGAGGGGGACAAUGUCUCCGUCCAAUGUCCUCAGCUGCUGCUGAAGCCUGAAACUCCUCCAGUUCUCAUCAGCAGGACGUGCACAGUCCGAGGGUGGAGCGAACCAAAGCCUCCAUAUUACGAAGCCUGCGUCUCCGAGUCUGAUGAGCAGGAUGAAGAGAUGAUCAGAGAGAAAAAUUACUUCGACACCCUGAGGUGGAUCUACAGCGUUGGUUACGGAGCGUCUCUGGCUGCGCUCCUCGUCGCUCUGCUGCUCUUCUGCUUCUUCAGGAAGCUGCUCUGCACUCGCAACUGCAUCCACCUCAACCUGUUUGUGACCUUCAUGCUCCGGAGUCUCGCUGUGUUCGUCAAAGAUGCUGUGUUGUUCUCCGACAAGAGCACGGACCACUGCACCGUGUCCACACUCUGGUGCAAAGCGGCCGUGACCUUCUUCCACUUCUGUGUGUCGUCCAACUUCUCCUGGCUGCUGGUGGAGGGUCUGUACCUGCAGACGCUGCUGAUCUUCACCUUCACUCAGACCAGGAAGCUCUUCAGGAUCUACGCCGUCAUCGGCUGGGGUUCUCCGACAGCUACGAUUUUAAUCUGGGCGCUGCUGAAAAAACAGCUCCACAACGAAGGGUGUUGGGACGACCUGGAGAGCAGCUUGUGGUGGAUAAUAAAGAUUCCCAUCCUGCUCUCCAUCUUUAUCAACUUCCUCAUCUUCCUGAACAUCAGCAGAAUCAUCGUUCAGAAGACGAAGGCCCCGAACGUGAACCAAAGUGAAACACAACUCUGCAGGAGACUCCUUCACUCCACUCUGCUCCUCAUCCCUCUGUUCGGAGUUCACUACGUGGUGUUCGCCCUGUUCCCCGAACACGUCAGCGUCGGACCUCGACUCUACCUGGAGUUAGUGUUAGGCUCCUUCCAGGGUUUCAUUGUUGCCGUGUUUUACUGUUUUCUCAACGGAGAGGUGAGACAAGUUUCAACACAGAACAAGUUCACUCUCUCAUGUGUUGAGUUAAAAUGA